AUGCGCCCAAAUCAAUCCUCAACGCCUAGUCUCCCUCUUCUGCACACCUCAUUCCAACCCCGCCAUAAGACCACAAUUACAGACAGCGAGCAUGACAACGAAAGUGCUCGCCCAUACAGCACGUUUACGAGCGACUACCUUUCAACGGCGCCAGCAAGCCCACUAAGCUCCGCCUCCACUCUCACUCUUCCAUCUUCUCCAACAUCACCAUCGACAUCGCCUUCUAUCUUUCAAUUCCAGCACAUACGCACUCCGCGUCCUAUGCAUGACAGCACCAAAACGGCGCUCUCCAACACGCACACUCAAGCUCACCACACCCACCAUGCCCAUUCUUCUGGCGGGAUCCAGAUCCCCCUCCGCCGCCGCCCCUCAAACAUAGACACAAUUCUCCGCCAAGAACGAACCCGGUGCGACGUCGAUGUAGUCGAACGACAAGGGUUGAGUCUCCUGGAACCUCGCCCCGUCGAUCUAGAGCCAAUUAGCGGGGCCAGCAUGGGGUUCGGAAUCGAUACCCGGAUCCAGCAGCUGUACAUGCAACCUGUGGCACACGCCCAAAUCCCGACGAUGACUUCUGAUGAGUCUUCCGGCUUCCGCGAGAAUCGGCUAUCCUCUGGCUCCGCAGAUAGUACCAGUAUUCGUUCGAGGCGUCUUUCGCAGCCGCGGUUUGUGCUCGGUGGGAUUUUUGAGGUUAUGGAGGGGAGGGGGUGA